AUGUCUAGUUUAACGCCCCGUGUAGAUCCUCAGCAGCUCGGUCAGCUUCCUUCACCGGUUUUCCGCAUCAUUGGACAAGUUACUGCGCAACCUCAACGAGACCAGAUAAUCAUUGCGAGUCCCACCACAGGUGGCGAAAUGGUGAGUUUGACCAAUGUCAGAACCUCUACAAAUGUGAAUUAUGAGCCACAAGAGUGGUACGAGUUUGUUUGUCGCAGCAACGACUCUGGAGACGUUGGUUUUUUAGUCCUCGAUUCCGUGAAGUGCAUUUUUCCCGCUGGAGAGGAGAUGAGCGUAGCAGGCGUCGUGGCCCUUCAACAGCUCGCAAGCAAAUUCCCAGAAUUGACUUAG